AUGCGCACCUGUCUCUUCCUCUCAAGUGCAAUCGCACUCGUCGUCCUUGCUGCAACCACAACAACUGCCGACGCCAAAAAGACGUCCACCAAGGUUUCGUCCUACACCGUCCCCAAUGACGAAAGCAAUGCCAUUGGAUACUUCACCCUCAUCGACCGCGAAACUCAGCACGACGGCACUCGUCUCUGCUCCAUCUUGGACCGUGGCGAGACUCAGGUCUUCCGUAACCUCUGGCCCGCCAACCGUAGUGGAGAUCGUCUACAGGUCCUGAGGCGUAAUGUCCAUGAUGAGGGCCACCACGGUGGAUCUCACUCUCAUGAGGAGAGCUUUGACUCCAAGGAGGCUAAAGAUUUGUUCGAACUUAACACAAACAGCAAGGAGUGGGCAUUGAUUGAGGAUGCGUUCUUGGAUGAUGAGUGUGAUCAGGUCAAGGAUGAGACUCUCAACAACAAGGUCGAUGUCGACUUUCAGGGAUUGAAUGGUGGUUCGGGGUCGAGCCAGCAGGUCUUUGGAAACCAUGGCUCUGUUGCUGGUCUGCAGGAAGACGACGAAGUGCGUAAACUGGUUGACAGUGGCCCUGACAGGAACCGUGUCGACAUUGUCUUCAUGGGCGAUGGAUACACCCUCGAAGAGCGGGAAAAAUUCUUUGCUGACAUGAACCGUCUCGUCAAUGACAUGUUCAUUGGCGAUACUUUCCAGUCGUUCUCGCCCUUGUUCAACGUUCAUGCGUUAUUCAGGCCCUCCAAGGAGAGCGGUAUCGGUGCCAACGGUCACUGGAAGGACACUAGCUUCCGUCUUUACAGAGAUGGAACUGAGCUCCGUGGUAUUUAUGUUGCCAACCCCAGAGCUGCCCGCCAGGCCUGCCGUGCUGUCGGAAAGUACGCCUGUGAUUUCCCUAGCUUGAUCGGCAACGAUCCCUAUUAUGGAGGAUUGGGAGGAGAGUUUGUGAUUUCGACGAGCUCCAACAAGUCAGGAACUAUUGUUCUCCGCCACGAGCUGGGACACAGCUUGAUCAACGUCGGAGAGGAAUACGAUGGCGGCCAAGUCUACUCGGGCGUCAACGCCGAGCGCUGGUCCAUCCAAAACAUCAAGUGGAAGCACUGGCUCACUGACGCCACCCCACGCGAAGAAAAUAACAUCCUCCGCGCUCAGGAUUACGCAUGGUACGAUCUCAAGAAGGGCCCCUACAAGGUCAAGUUCAACUCUGACGGCAACUGGAAGCGUUGGUCUCUCAAGAUCUCGCACUCGGGUGUUGACACCGAUGACUCGUUUGAGGUCUACAUGGAUGGCAAGCGGUUAAACUGGACUUCUCCUGGAGGAUAUGAUCGUGAUUUCUCGGAGUGGGAUGGCGAGGAAGGGUUCAGCGCUGGAGCACACGAGAUUGAGUUCCGUCAGGGCGCCAAGUACGAUGAUGAGCCUGUUGAUGGAUCUCGACCUAUCCGCCAGUUGUGCUCGGUGACUAUGCAUGAGUUUAUGGGCGAGGACCAAUACCGGUUCGACAACAGUGUGAUCUCGGCUUACCCUACCUAUGACCUCUACGGACGCAAGACCUGGAGAAGCAACCACGAGUUCUGUCUCAUGCGCAACAUGUCUUCGACCCAGUUCUGCCCCAUCUGCAAGGAGGGACUCUGGCACCGUCUGUUGAGCAAGGCCAGUCUGUUGGACGAAAUCCAAGUCGAUUGUCAGCGCGAGGAUGAUGACGGUGAUGACGACAAAAUCUCGAAGUUUGAGAUUGAGGCCAAGUUGGUCCCCCUGGGCCAGUUCCGCGAGGACCAAUCCAAGCGUGUCAAGGGCGAGGCGUACACCAUCCGCUGGUUCCGUAACGGAAUCCACCAGGUCGAAUUGGAUGACCAAACCCGGAUUGAGGUCCCUGCUGCGAAUGAAGGCAUCUGGGAGUUCAAGACCGAGUUUACCACCCCUGAGGUCCGCAAGGAUCCCCGUGGACUCUUGAAGGCCAGCAAAGUGUUUGCUGUCGCCAAGUACCUCUGCUCGAAUUAG